AUGUGCUGUUGCUUAUUCCGUUGUUGUUGUUCCACAGGCGAUACAACUUACCAAGAUAUUGUUCUAAAUAAAGGUUAUCGAACUUGUACUGACAGUUAUUUCCUUUUCUUUUUUUUUCUUUUUUGCUGUGGAUUAGGCACAACUACUUGGUAUGCGUUCGAACAUGGGGAUCCGUAUAGAAUUGUCUAUGGCUCCGAUAGUUUCGGCAAUACAUGUGGAAGACUCAACAAGCCGGUAUACUUGAUAGGAAAUGAAAGUGAUGAGGCCGCCGUUUUCCCAUUAUCAGGACGAGAUAUGAGAAAAAGGAAGUUCAUGUUUCCUCUCAAUAUAACAAGACCGUUAGACACUAUGUGGGUCUGCGCUCGGGAAUGUCCUAAAUCGUUGAUUCUUAACAGACAAGCUUUACGAGCUGUUGCUCAGAAUAACGACAAUCCUUUAUGUGUGCCUCAUGUUUUUAAUGGAACGAUUGACCUUUUGAACGGAGAUGUAUGUCCGAAGCUCCCCGUGACCAAGAGUGUGAGUAUACUCAACCGUUGUAUUCCGGAAGACAUUCUCACCAUUAGUGAAGAUCUAAUCAACAAGUUCAUUGAGUUGGAUUUUGUUAGAGGAUAUCUUUCGGAUGCUUUGAUAUCUUCUCACUUAGUUUUCAAAAUGUGUGGAGUUGCUUUCGCGUUUUCGUUUAUAAUGGUGUACAUACUAAGAUGCGUGGCUAGCAUUGUGAUUUAUUUUGUCUAUCUUUCUGUUCUAUUCAUAUUUACAGGAAUCACAAGUGCGCUCUGGUAUUCUACUUAUUUGACAUAUCACAGCUCUCCUAUUGCUGAAUCAACUAUAGAUCUAUCUUCUACACCUAGUCCUGAGGUACAAUUGGGUGUUCUCUUCAGAGGGAACGCUUCUAAUUUCAAAGAUUUGUUCAAAUUCGAUUAUGACAGUCGGCUGACUGUUCUUGGUCUUUCAAUAGGGAGUACUGUGAUAACGGGUUUCAUAGUCAUGACAGUAUGGUGUUUACUUCCAAGAGGCCAGAAAAUGGUUGUUCUAUUCAAGAAAGCAUCAAAGGCUCUUUGGGCAAUGCCUUGCUUGCUUUUCCAACCAAUAGUUUCUGCUUUCGCGGUUCUAACAGUUGCGUUAUAUUCCUUAAGUGUGAUUCUAGUACUACUAACAUCAGGUGCUCUAGUCAGUCGUGUUGUCGAUGAUGGACACGGUGCUAAUAUAACUAUAAUAGAAAACAAUAUGACAGAGACGACUAGAGCAAUGAUUUUAUACCAAGCAGUAGGCUUCAUCUGGUUGUGCGAGUUUGUAUUAGCCUGCCAACGGUUAUUUAUAGCGGGUGCUGUUAGCAUGUGGUAUUUCAACAGUAAAAGAAACCAGCCAGGGGAAAAUAGAACCAUCGUUUGUUCGUCGUUGUGGAAUCUGUUCCGAUAUCAUUUGGGAUCCGCUGCCGUUGGAUCAUUUAUUAUCACCAUUGUGCGCAUUCCGCGCUACAUACUUAUGUGGAUAUAUGCUAAGAUGAGAAAUGUGGAGAACCUGGUUUUGAGGCGUCUUUUGGCCUGUUGUAUUUUUUUAUUGGCUUGCAUAGAGAGAUGUCUUGAUUAUAUCAAUUAUAAUGCGUUUACCGUAAUCGCUUACAGUGGAAUGAGCUUCUGUCCUGCAGCCAAAGUGGCAGUUAAUAUUCUUUUCGACAACGCAAUCGAUGUAGCUACGAUCAAUUCGGUUGGAGGAGCUGUACUCUUUCUUGCCAAGUGUAUGGUAGCUGCUGGCACUUCAGCCUUGGCUAUAUUCACUAUGGAAAUGUCGACACUCUCACAUCCAUGGUUUCCCAUUCUGUUGAUAUUUAUCUGCUCUUAUUUGAUUGCUAACUGCUUCUUUUCCGUAUAUGAAAUGACCAUUGAUUCUCUUUUCCUCUGUUGUGCCGAAGAUUUUGAGCUGACAAGAGAGAAUCCAGAUAACAAAUACUCCAAUGAAGAGUUCCGAGAAAUUAUAGCAGUACCUCCCAUGGAAAAUGAUACCCAUAAAGUUCGUCAAGCUCAUCAGGAAAAUUACUCGAUGUCGGAAGUUGAGCACAUGGACAAUGAACGUUUUUAG